GCCGCGGACUACGACUCCCGCCAGGCGCCGCGGCGCAGCGCAUGAGCCCUGCUCGGCUCCGGCGCGUCUAUUAUGCUGCCGGGGCCGGCGAGCCAAAGAGGAGCCGGCCGCGCGGGCCGGGAGGGGACGGCCGCAGGAGCCGCCGAGGCCAAGUGCUGCCUGACUGGGCCCAGACAUGGGAUGUCGCACCUCGGCGGGGAGCACAGAGGAAGCCAGGGCCUCGCCGAGCUGCUGCCGUGACGGCCAGUGAGCGAGCAGCCGGAGGAUGUCCACCACGACAACGGUCGCCCCUGCGGGGAUCCCGGCGGUCCCGGGCCCCGUGAACCCGCCCCCGCCGGAGGUCUCCAACCCCUCCAAGCCCGGCCGCAAGACCAACCAGCUGCAGUACAUGCAGAACGUGGUGGUGAAGACGCUCUGGAAACACCAGUUCGCUUGGCCCUUCUACCAGCCCGUGGACGCCAUCAAGCUGAACCUGCCCGAUUAUCAUAAGAUAAUAAAAAACCCAAUGGAUAUGGGAACUAUUAAGAAGAGACUGGAGAAUAAUUAUUAUUGGAGCGCGAGUGAAUGUAUGCAGGACUUCAACACCAUGUUUACAAAUUGUUAUAUUUAUAACAAGCCCACAGAUGACAUAGUGCUCAUGGCCCAAGCCUUAGAGAAAAUUUUUCUGCAGAAAGUGGCCCAGAUGCCCCAGGAGGAAGUUGAGUUAUUACCCCCUGCUCCAAAGGGCAAAGGCCGGAAACCAGCUUCGGGAACCCAGAGUGCAGGUACGCAGCAAGUGGCGGCCGUGUCCUCUGUCUCCCCGGCAACCCCCUUCCAGAGCGUCCCCCCCACGGUCUCCCAGACGCCCGUCAUUGCUGCCACCCCUGUGCCAACCAUCACUGCAAACGUUACGUCGGCCCCUGUCCCCCCGGCUGCCGCCCCGCCCCCUCCCGCGACGCCCAUCAUCCCCGUGGUCCCUCCCACGCCGCCCGUUGUCAAGAAGAAGGGCGUGAAGCGGAAAGCAGACACUACCACGCCCACGACGUCCGCCAUCACCGCCAGCCGCAGCGAGUCACCCCCGCCGCUGGCGGACCCCAAGCAGGCCAAGGUGGUGGCACGGCGGGAGAGCGGGGGCCGCCCCAUCAAGCCGCCCAAGAAGGACCUGGAGGACGGCGAGGUGCCCCAGCACGCGGGCAAGAAGGGCCGGCUCUCGGAGCACCUGCGGCACUGCGACAGCAUCCUCAAGGAGAUGCUGUCCAAGAAGCACGCGGCCUACGCCUGGCCCUUCUACAAGCCGGUGGACGCCGAGGCCCUGGAGCUGCACGACUACCACGACAUCAUCAAGCACCCGAUGGACCUGAGCACCGUCAAGAAGAAGAUGGACAGCCGUGAGUACCCAGACGCACAGGGCUUUGCAGCCGACAUCCGGUUGAUGUUCUCCAACUGUUACAAGUACAACCCCCCCGACCACGAGGUGGUGGCCAUGGCCAGGAAGCUGCAGGACGUGUUUGAGAUGCGGUUUGCCAAGAUGCCGGACGAGCCGGUGGAGGCGCCCACGCUGCCCGUGCCCGCGGCCCCUGUGGUCAGCAAGGGCGUGGAGAGCAGCCGCAGCAGCGAGGAGAGCUCCACGGACUCAGGCAGCUCGGACUCGGAGGAGGAGCGGGCCACGCGGCUGGCGGAGCUGCAGGAGCAGCUGAAGGCUGUGCACGAGCAGCUGGCCGCCCUGUCUCAGGCCCCAGUGAACAAGCCAAAGAGGAAGAAGGAGAAGAAGGAAAAGAAGAAGAAGGACAAGGACAAGGAGAGGCACAAGGCCAAGUCCGAGGAGGACAAGAAGGCCAAGGUGGCCCCGCCUGCCAAGCAGGCCCAGCAGAAGAAGGCUCCCGCCAAGAAGGCCAACAGCGCAACUGUGGCUGGCAGACAGCCGAAGAAGGGCGGCAAGCAGGCGUCGGCCUCCUAUGACUCGGAGGAGGAGGAGGAGGGGCUGCCCAUGAGCUACGAUGAGAAGCGCCAGCUCAGCCUGGACAUCAACCGGCUGCCGGGGGAGAAGCUGGGCCGCGUGGUGCACAUCAUCCAGUCGCGGGAGCCCUCGCUCAGGGACUCCAACCCCGACGAGAUAGAGAUUGACUUUGAGACGCUAAAACCCACCACUUUGCGGGAGCUAGAGAGAUACGUCAAGUCUUGUUUACAGAAAAAGCAAAGGAAGCCAUUCUCCACGAGCGGGAAGAAGCAGGCGGCCAAGUCGAAGGAGGAGUUGGCUCAGGAGAAGAAGAAGGAGCUCGAGAGGCGGCUGCAGGAUGUCAGCGGGCAGCUGGGCAACAGCAAGAAGCCUGCCAAGAGAGAGAAGUCAGGCUCCGCGCCCUCGGGAGGGCCCUCCCGGCUCAGCAGCAGCAGCUCGUCUGAGUCCGGGAGCAGCAGCUCCAGCGGAUCCAGCUCCGACAGCAGCGACUCGGAAUAAACUCUGGGCUCUCACGGGACGGAACAAAACCAGUGGACGUCGCCCACGCCGAAACUCUGCAGUGUUCCCUUCUAUGGUUAAUAUACUAUUUUCGUUCCAUGGUGUGCAGGUUCUCUUUUUAAUUCAGUGUUAUGGUAUCUUCCAGUUUUGGCUUUAAUAGGUCAAAGAUCUUUCCGUGUGUGUCCAUUAGACUUUAUGAGAAGCUGUGAAUCUGCAUAACGCCUUUCCUUCGUAACUGAAUUCAGUCUCUUGGAGAUGACAACUUCAAACGCUAACCUGAUGACCGUAGAAAAACACGUAAGGUGUGAUCCGGAGGUUCAUGCAAAAUCCCUUUUCUUAACGCCCGACCCGGUCUGUAGCUCCAGCGAGAAUUUCUCCAAAGGAGAUGUCUCGGAAAUGGUACCGUAUGUGAAAGCUGCCAGCUUUGCGAACAGGCGUUUGUCUUUGUCUUUGUGGGCCUGGGCUCUGACCCGCACGUCCGAGGGGGUCACCUCUUUCUGCAGGGGCUGAGGACAGCCAUGCCUGCCCCUGCCGUGAGGGCCAGGGCUGGGCCCAAGCGGGGAGGUGUCAUCGUCACUGCAGCCAGAGCUCCCACGGGUGGCGGACCGGCGAGGGUGGGCGUGGAAGGGAGCCGAGUUUUUCUGAUCUCUGUGACGUUGGGAGCUCCCGGGAGGGAACACGGUGGCUGCAUGUGCAACGCGUGGGUUCCCAAACACUGAAACUUUUACCUCAACUUAAAAAAAAAAAAAGAAAAAAAAAAAGAAGAAAAGAGUAAAAAAAAAAAAAAAUACAGGAGACUUUUUUGUAAGGUUCAGCAGUUUUCUACGAAAGGCCAGCCCCCACGUGCGUCCCCAGCCCGGCCGCUGCCACGCACUCCGGAACCAUUGUCCCAGUUUCAUGUAUAUAUGAAUACUUUAUUUAUUAAGAUCAUUGGUCAUUUUUUUUUAAAAAAAAAGGAAAGAAAAACAAAACUGUAAAAGAAACACAUUAAAAAAAAAAAAAGUGGCAGAGACGCAGGCCUUUUAAAUGGUUUGAAGGGGAGCCCCAGACCCUGCUGGCCAGCGGGCCUCUCACCUCCAGGUGCUACAGCCUGCUGUCCCCGUCCCGGUGCUCAAUCACGUCUGUGUGCGCUUGCUCUCCUCUCGGGGCUGCUGGGGGUUUUGUUCUUGUUCUUUUCCAUGUGUGUAUGAAAUUUGGAGACUUACAGGUGUAGACGACUUCCAGCUGCAGCACAUUCUGAUUUUUUAUUUCGUUUGUUUAGUUCUUUUGUAUUCACUUCUGGUCUCUCUUAGGACUGUUUUAAAAGACUUCAAUUUAGGGAACCCCAGUUAUAUAAUAUAAACUUUGUAAUCUGAGAGAAGAAAAAUGUAUAGUAAAUCUAAGUCUUGAUUUUUAACUUUCUAUUGUAAAAAAUAAUAAUAAUAAUAUACAGAGUUUAACAGAA